ACGACCUCAAACCCAAAUCAGGUAUGGAAGAAACCAUAACCCGAAUAGUCACAGAGCUCGAAGACCUCCGCCACCUCGAAAACCCCACCAACACCCAAUCCCAACCCAUCUCCAAUUCCACUCUCUCCGAUCUCCAAACCCUCUUCGACGCCGCCGACAAUGACCCGGACCCCAUGGACCGCUUCUCCGACGAGCUCGCCGCCAAGUCCCUCUCCCUCUCCAAUCUGGUCCGCCCCAUCGCCGCCGCCAUGGAUUCCGGCCCGGCCCAUUUCACCCUCUCCGCCUCCAAGCUCUACCUCUCUCUCCUCCUCUCCCCCAAUUCCCCGGUCUGCACUCUCUUCACCCCUAUGGCGUUCUUCUCUCUCCUCCAGUCGAUUCGCCGGUCGCUGAAGCACCGCCGCGCCGAAUCGGGUCACGGCGAGCCCGGCACGGGGUCCGGUAACGCGGCAGCUAGGAAGCGGAAGGGAAGAGGCAAAGGUAAGGGUUUGAAGAACAGUGAGGAUUGCGAAGGCGAAGAGAGGGAGUUUGAUGUUAGGGUUUUGUUUUCGGUGCUUGAAAAAUUGGAACUUGUGAUGGAUUUGAUUCAUUUGGAUCGGUUUCCGGAUAGUUUGAAGUCGUUGGUUCAAACCGUGGCUGAAAUUCCAGUCAUGGGGUUUGAGGUGUGUGGCAAUUCUGGUAAUUAUAACAAAUUGACUGAUUUGUGCUCUAGGGUUUUGCUUAAGGUGUUCAAGCCUGAGCAUGGAGACCAUGCCAGCAUUGCAGCUGAGGUGUUCAAGUCAUUGGCGCCGAUGAUUCUUCUGCAUAAAUCGCAGGUGAGGAUAUUUUGUGCGUUGAGUUUUGUGGGGAAUCAGAUGAUGGGUGUGGCUAAGAAUCUUGAGGGGGUGAAGAAAGCAAUGGUGAAUUUUCUGUGGUACUUGGUCCACAAGGCUCCGGAUAAGUCUGAGCCUCGGGCUUUGGCUGUCGAGUCUAUAAUGGAGAUUGUUAGAGUUAUGGAGGUUCAGGAGCAAGUUGUGUUUGUGGAGUAUGUGGUGAAGAUGACUCAAGGGAAGGCCAGGUUGAGGCUUUUAGCUGUUGACCUUAUUCUGGUGCUGGUUACGUCCUUGAGAGAUGUGAUGGAUUUGGAUUCGGAGAGUGAAGUGAGGGAGUCGUUGGGUUGGAAAUGCUUGGAGGCUUUGAUUCAGCUCUGUUCGGAUGCAAUGGCUGGGAUUCGAGCUCGUGCUUUGUUGAAUUUGUCACAGCUGGUUGGCUUCUUGUCUGGUGAUGAUAGGAGCCGGGAAGUGUUGAAAGAAGUUAUGGGGUUUGGUGAUGCAAUGGAUGAAAGGCAGGAGGGCUGGAUGAAUGAGAUUUUGAGGGCAAGGUGUAUGGAUGAGAAGGCAGCUGUAAGGAGGGCUGCACUUCUUUUGGUUACCAAGUUGAUGGCCAUUCUUGGUAGUGGCUUUGAUAGAGACUUGAUCAAGACUAUGAGCAUGGCUUGUUCUGAUCCACUUGUUAGCAUACGCAAAGCGGCAAUUUCAGCUCUUUCAGUGGUAAGUUUCAUAACAUUCCUGGAUGAUAGCGUGGCUACUGAGUGGCUACAUUCUGUUCCAGCUUUAAUAACUGAUAAUGAGUCUAGCAUUCAAGAAGAAUGUGAAAACUUGUUUGUAGAGCUGGUAUUGGAAAGGGUAUCUGCAGUUGGUUCUGAAAUCAAUACUGACUCAGUACUUCCUGAAGGCAUUUUAAGCCUUUUGAAAGAGAUUUGCAAUGGAGAAGUGGCACCUUGGGUGAAGAAAAUUUUAACAAACUUGGGAAAGAAGAGUCGACUGAAGCACAAAUUUGCUACUGCACUUCAGAGUAUCAUAAGGACAUCUGAGUCUCUCUGGCUCAGUCAAUCCAUGCCUAUAGAGAAAUGGACAGCCCCACCGGGUUCUUGGUUUCUUCUGUCAGAGGUGUCAGCAUACCUUGCAAAAGCAGUUGACUGGGAGUUUCUCUGUCAUCAUUGGCAGCUUUUUGACAAGCAUGGAAUGGGAGGGGAGAUUCAGAGUCCACUUCCACAGGGAUAUGCACAUGAAGAGGGAGGGGGUAUAGAAUCCAGUUCUGUUGCUUGGGCUGGGGAUCUUGUUUUUCUCUUACAGACUAUUUCUAAUGUAUCUGUUGAGCUGCCUUCUGAAGUUGGUGCAGAGUUAGCUCAUGACUUGCUUAAAAGAAUUGAAAAUUUUAACAUGCAUUCAACAGAGGUUAAUGCUCAUGUAAAAGCACUCUGAACAUUGUGCAAGCGGAAGGUUUCAGAUCCAGAGCAGGCUGAUACACUUGUUAAAAGAUGUGUACAUCAGAUUGCCUCAAAAGCUUCCAAGAUAUUAGAUAAUUAUAUAUCCAAGGAGUCAAAUACAACCCGAAAAGGUGGCUUCUUUACGCCACCUAUAAGUGGGAGUAGAAUGGGCAAGAGAGCCAUAACCAUGUCCAAGUCUUUGUCAAAAGUAGUAACAGCAGUCUAUACAAUUGGGUCUUUGGUUAUUAUUUGUCCAUCUGCUGAUAUGAGCACCACCAUUCCACUACUAUAUACCAUCAUCACUUCUGGGAAUUCUGAUCCAAAAGUCAAUAAACUAGCAGGCUCUAUAUAUAGGAUCUCUAAGCAGACAGCACCUUCUUUGUACAUUCCAGCAUGGUUGACUAUGGGGAAGAUUUGCCUUACAGAUGAAAAAAUUGCAAAGACGUAUAUUAAUCCUCUCUUUGUGCAGGAUUUUUAUAGGAAUUAACUUGAAAAGAGUGAUUGUGCAGCCCUUCGCAACAAUCUGGUAGUUGUGAUGGCAGAUUUUUGCAUUCGUCAUACUUCUUUAGUUGAUAGUUAUAUACCAAGGAUCACAAAAUGCCUCCGUGAUCCAUGCGAACUUGUAAGAAGGCAGACAUUUAUACUGCUCUCAAGAUUGUUGCAGAGGGAUUAUGUGAAGUGGAGAGGAGUUCUUUUCCUGAGAUUUCUCUUGUCACUUGUUGAUGAGUCAGAAAAGAUAAAGCAGCUCGCCACCUUUCUUUUCAGCAAUAUCUUGAAAGGUUACAAGCUUUUCUCUUGCUAUCGCAUUUAAUAUUGUGAAGUUGGUUUUUGUCUUCGAUAUGUGACCGUGAAUCUUUUUUUUUUUUUUGUAGAAGCAAUUUUUGUUCUGAAUGACUGCCGUGCCCACAAGGGACAUACUGGUGCUCAGGGUUCACGAGCAGAGAGCCGCCUUUUUUCCAUUAGGGGAAAUGAUGAAGCUUCGAGGUCUAGAAGAAUGUACAUCUAUGUUUCUUUGCUGAAACAAAUGGCUCCAGAGCACUUAUUGCAAACGUUUGUAAAGUUAUGUACAGAGAUCCUUGCUGCAGCAUCUGAUGGCAUGCUCAAUAUAAUCGAUGAUAUUACUGGGCAGGCUGUUCUGCAGGAUGCUUUCCAAAUUAUUGCCUGCAAAGAAAUCCGAAUACCAUCCAACCGUGGGUUAUCAUCUGACACUGGAGAUAUUGAUGAAGAAGGUGGUGAUAAUGGUGGAGCAGCUGCUAAGGGAAGGGCAAUAACUCAAGCACUCAAAAAGGGCCUCAUCCAAAGCACAAUACCCAUCUUUAUAGAGCUGAAGCGGCUAUUGGAAAGCAAAAACAGCCCCCUUGUAGGCUCCCUCAUGGAAUGCCUCCGCAUCAUCCUCAAGGAUUACAAAAAUGAGAUCGAAGACAUAUUAGUUGCUGAUAAGCAGCUCCAGAAAGAGCUGAUAUAUGACAUGCAGAAGUAUGAAAAGGCAAAGGUCAAGUCUACAGCUGCCGAGACUGUUGCCAACCAUCAAAGAACAGUUAGCUUCAACUCUCCCGGUAUAUCCAAGAUUGCAAGCGUGAGACAGGCGCAUAACAAAUCCAUUGGCAGAUUGCAAGGCGACGUGAGAUUAGCUUCGGCAAUGGGAGAUGUAGCUGCUGAAGCCAUAGCAAGGUCAGUGCUCAAGGACAUGAACAAGGGGAGACAGACACCACCUCUCAGCUCUUUAAGCGUGCCUAAGCUCAAGACCUGCGAGGGAGGGCAGAGCUCUCGAAGUGGUGUGCCCUUGGAUGUAUUGGAAUCUGUAAGAAGAAGACAGAAUUUUGACUUUGUUGAGGAGAACUAAAAUAAAGCCGGAAACAGAAAAAAGUUUCCUAGCUUCACCGUGAAACAAGCUGAUUUUGUAUGCUUGUUUGGUGUUUAUUUACACCGUAAUAUAAAUAUAAACUAAGAUCUGAUUGAUUAAU